AUGGCACCAAAUCUUUCCCAAGCGAUUGAACGGAUUGAUGCUGCUCAUAGCGAAGACCCCACCAAGGUCGACAUCGAUGGAGAGCCAACGCCAUAUGAACUGAUCUACGCCAAGAAAAUGUCCAAAUUCCUCGAACUUCAUACACCGAAUCCGGACCCGUUACUGGCUACAGCAGCACGAGCGCAGCAUUUUCGGAGAUGGGAGGUCCCUCGCGAUUCGUAUCCCAGGACGAAACCUGGCUAUUUUGCUUGGAGAACCUUUCUCAAGAAACGACAAGCUGAUCAGGUUCGGCAGCUGUGCUUGGAUUGUAACUACAGCGAGGCAGAGGCAGAUAAGGUGGCGGCUCUAGUCGCCAAGGAGGAUUUGAAGAAAGGUGAGGGGAAAGGCGAUGCAGAUGCUCAGAUUAUUGAGGAUGUUGCAUGUCUCGUGUUUUUGGAUGAUCAAUUUGACGAAUUUGAAAAGGGCCAUGACGAGGAGAAAAUCAUCGGAAUCUUGCAAAAGACUUGGGUCAAGAUGGGAAAGCGUGGACAGGAUCUAGCAUUGCAAAUGGAUCUUAGCGAUCGAGCAAAGGAACUGGUGGGAAAAGCCCUUGCUGGAUAA